CACACACCGACUCUGAGACGACGUCAAGACGCACACACACACACACACACACACACACACACACAGCGGAGUCAUGUCCCAGAACCAGGCGACGCUCACCAGAACCCCCCGAAAAACCUGGGUUCCCUGGAUGGGAAGCAGACUGAGCAAACGCAGAGGCUCUUCGGUUCCCCAGUUCACCAAUUCUCCCACCGUGAUCGUGAUGGUCGGCCUGCCGGCUCGCGGCAAAACCUACAUCUCCAAGAAGCUCACCAGGUACCUGAACUGGAUCGGCGUGUCGACCAAAGUGUUUAAUGUGGGGCAGUACAGAAGAGAAGCAACCCGCUCCUACAACAGCUACGAGUUUUUUAAACCUGACAACGCAGAAGCCAUGAAGAUACGAAGCGCCUGUGUGAAAACGGCCCUGCAGGAUGUGAGUGACUACCUGACCACUUACCAAGGUCAGGUCGCGGUUUUCGAUGCCACCAACACGACGCCGGAGCGCAGAGAGGUCAUCCUCAGCUUCGGCAAGGAGAACGGCUACAAAGUUUUCUUUGUGGAGUCGAUUUGCGACGAUCCUGAAAUCAUUGCUGAGAAUAUUAAACAAGUGAAGCUUUCGAGUCCUGAUUACAUCGAUUGUGACAAAGAAGAAGCUGUUGCAGAUUUUCUGAAGAGGAUCGAGUGUUACAAGAUGACCUACGUUCCCCUGGACGACAGCAAGGACCGGAGUUUAUCGUACAUUAAGAUCUUCAACGUGGGCAGCCGGUACCUGGUGAACCGGGUCCAGGACCACAUCCAGAGCCGGAUCGUCUACUACCUCAUGAACAUCCACGUCACGCCCAGAUCCAUCUACCUGUCCCGGCACGGCGAGAGCGAGCUCAACCUGGUGGGGCGCAGGGGAGACUCCGGCCUGUCCCACCGGGGGCAAAGGUCAGCCAGCUUCGCCGCGGCGCUGGGCGCCUACAUGCGCAGCCAGAACCUCAGCGACCUGAAGGUUUGGACCAGCCACAUGAAGAGGACCAUCCAGACCGCGGAGGCGCUGCGGGUCCAGUACGAGCAGUGGAAGGCCCUGAACGAGAUCGACGCUGGAGUCUGUGAGGAAAUGACUUAUGAGGAGAUUCAGGAGCAUUACCCAGAGGAGUUCGCUCUGAGGGAUCAGGACAAAUAUCGGUACCGGUACCCCAAAGGAGAGUCGUACGAGGACCUGGUCCAGCGUCUGGAGCCCGUCAUCAUGGAGCUGGAGAGGCAGGAGAACGUCCUGGUCAUCUGUCACCAGGCAGUCAUGAGAUGUCUGAUGGCCUACUUCCUGGACAAAAGUGCAAGUGAGCUGCCGUACCUGAAGUGUCCUCUGCACACCGUCCUGAAGCUCACGCCGGUCGCCUACGGGUGUAAAGUUGAGUCGGUCUUUCUCAACAUUGAAGCUGUGAACACACACAGAGACCGGCCCGAGAAUGUGGAUGUGGACAGAGACCCGGAGGAGGCGCUGGAGACGGUUCCUGAACACAUCUAGAGGACGCCUCAGCGUCCGUCCGUCCAGAGAUGUUUCUGUAAUCCUUGUUUUAGAACUGAGAGCUCGCUGAUAACGAAAGGUUUCUUCCAUCUUAGUUCCACUGUCAGUGCACUUUAUCUGGAAGGUCCAGGCUGAAACGACUGUUCACCAGUCACUGAUCUGUUUCACGCUGCAUCUCUUCAUCCUGUGAUUUCUUCUCUUGUAAUUUCAUGUGUUCAGCAAUAACAGCGGCGGCCGCCAUGUUUUAGGUUUGGAAAGUGACGUUCAUUCCCUCAUUCAUUUACAUCAGCUGGAUGUAAAUGUUAAAUUCAGCUGCCAUCUCAUUUCCAGGAACUUUGUGACCGACAGCCAUGUUGGUAGGCAGUUGCUCUGACAACUGUUCCAGCUCAUACAACUAUUACUUGAUUACAGCUUUUGAGAACUUAGCCAUCUCUGCUAACCAAUCUUUACUGUAGUACUUACUGCCGAACUAGCUAAAUUAGCCUAGCUAACAUAGCGUAUUUGCUAAUAUUGUUUUUACUAGGGUGUCAGCGCAUCCUAUGUCUUCAGUUCAUAAAAGAUGUGCAAUAAAUAAUCACAGGCAGAGCUAUUUAGCUAAAUAUGUUUGAGUCACGCACACAUCAUUUAGGCUAGCACUAGCUAGCUGCUAACAGACCAUCACUAGCCACCUGCAAACAGACCCUUCUUAGCCACCUGCUAACAGACCCUCGUUUGCCACCUGCUAACAGACCCUUGCUAGCUACCUGCUAACAGACCCUUGCUAGCUACCUGCUAACAGACCCUCAUUUGUCACCUGCUAACAGACCCUUGCUAGCUACCUGCUAACAGACCCUUGCUAGCUACCUGCAAACAGACCCUUCCUAGCCACCUGCUAACAGACCCUUGCUAGCUACCUGCUAACAGACCCUUGAUAGCCACCUGCUAACAGACCCUUGCUAACCAUCUGCUAACAGACCCUCGCUAGCCACCUGCUAACAGACCCUUGCUAGCUACCUGCUAACAGACCCUUGCUAGCUACCUGCUAACAGACCCUUGAUAGCCACCUGCUAACAGACCCUCAUUUGCCACCUGCUAACAGACCCUCGCUAGCCACCUGCUAACAGACCCUCAUUUGCCACCUGCUAACAGACCCUUGCUAGCCACCUGCUAACAGACCCUCGCUAGCCACCUGCUAACAGACCCUUGCUAGCUACCGGCUAACAGACCCUCGCUAGCCACCUGCUAAUAGACCCUCGCUAGCCACCUGCUAACAGACCCUUGAUAGCCACCUGCUAACAGACCCUUGCUAGCUACCGGCUAACAGACCCUCGCUAGCCACCUGCUAAUAGACCCUCGCUAGCCACCUGCUAACAGACCCUCGCUAGCUAUCGGCUAACAGACCCUCGCUAGCCACCUGCUAACAGACCCUUGAUAGCCACCUGCUAACAGACCCUUGCUAGCUACCGGCUAACAGACCCUCGCUAGCCACCUGCUAAUAGACCCUCGCUAGCCACCUGCUAACAGACCCUCGCUAGCUACCGGCUAACAGACCCUCGCUAGCCACCUGCUAACAGACCCUUCCUAGCCUCAUAUCUUUUUGCAUUUAUCUUGAAGAAGCUGGAAAGUGCAGAAUUUCCAGAAGGAAAAAUUCCACAUUCCUAAACCUUCAUGUGUGCCUCUGUGUUGACAUUCAGUUACACAUAAAAUAUCCAGAUGAUAAACAAUUUGUUACAACUUUCGCUCAGUUUUAGCUCAAAAUAAGACGUUUGUUUUCAAGGAUACCACGGCUCUGGAAGCCCAGAAGGGACAAAUCAUUCGGUUUGUUUACACUGUGCCUUUAAAAACUAUUAAUUUCCUGAUUCAUAGCAUUAUGAGCUGGAAGAAGGAUGUUUAUGAAGAUGCUCAAAGGCAUGAAAAAUGCAAACAAUGCUCGGUAUUGUCAUCAUGUUCAGUACAGCCGUGCGCCGCUAGAUGGCGCCGCAGCCUCAUGUUUUCACACUGAGGGGAUUUUAGCUGUUAAAUGAUCUAAAUCCAGAGGAAAUUUGAACCUCUGCCUGUUUUAACACCGUCCAACAUUCCUCCUGUUUACCAAACCCCAGGCCCUUCUGCCACCACCGUGCUUCAGUGAUACAUGGUACCACCUUUCAUUGUUUAUAUCCUGUGGGAAUUAACUGCAUCUGUAAUGAUUUAUGAUUUUACUUUUUCAAGCUCUUGCAUCCUUUACUAAUCUUGUAAAAUGGAGGAUGAGGUCGACGUUAGAAAAAAAACUAUCUGCAUUUUGACUCUUUAUCUCAUAAUUGUUGCUUUGAAAGCCAGAAUUAUGAGAACGAUGGCAGCGUUUCUCUUAUGUGGCCGUUUCUAAAGUUACACUGUAAAAAAAAUGAACAGCAAUAAUUUCUUGUUUAGCUUCUGCACGUUUUCCGUCAUAUUUUUCCUACAGCACUAAAUGUUCCAAACUACAUUUAAUUCUCCAGCUCCAAAUUCUAUAUAUUUUGCUAAAUAUUUAUUUGUGAAACUAAAUUUUUAGCAAGCUACGUAUUUAACUUGCUCACCAAACACUCAGUGUUUAAGUUGGUAACUAAGCAUUUAAAUACUUAUGUGUCUGCUUUGCUUGCUAAAUAUUGACUCAGACUAAACAAAAUGUUUAGCUUCUUAACUAAAUAUUUAAUUUCACAGCUAAAUAUUUAGUUUGGCAUUCUAAUAUUUAUGCAGCAAGAAAAUGAAGAUAUGAAAAAUAAACAUCCACAGGAAAGAAACUAUAGCUGUAAAUGUUUCACAGUAACUUUACAAACUGCAUCCAAUUUCCAUAAACUUUUUCCUGAUUAACUGGAAAUCUGUUUUGUUGCACAUGUGCACUUUUGAAAACUGUUUUCGACGCUUGCAAAGCUGCAGCAGCAUCAACGCACACUGGGAGUAAAUCUGCAUGGUUUGCAGAUUAACCAGACAUCCUGGAUUUGUGAUCCAGUUCAUCCAGUCGUUCCUCCUCUGCACUCGACCUCAUUGUGUGAAUUAUUUAAGAUUGCUGCUCAUGAUUCUGAGCUUCAGUCUCUGUAAAUCUUUUUAAUCCAGGUCUUUAAAGAUGAAACAUUGUGAACCAUUGAGUGUAUUUGUGGUGUAAUGUGUGUGUUGUGACCAUGUCUGAUUAAAAUCCGGUGCCUGA